UCAUCUUCCGCCCCGCUCUUUGUUUUGUUUUUGUUUGUGUUUAGGGUUUGUCUCUCUGAUGACUCCCCUAGUACUGGUGGAUUAGAUUCUCCGAUGUUGGCGUUGGUGAGAGCCCUGGGGCGUUCACGACCCUGUGGUCGGUGCCGAAAGGCACCUCAUGUUGGAGACUUCGAGGCGAGGAUUCAGCGGGAUAAUAAUGAUGCGUCUUCGAUCACAGAUCUGUCCUCAUCUCGGCGUCGGAUAGAAAACAAGAGUGCUGCUGACACCUUCACUCCCCUUGGAUUUGAUCGGCACCAGCCCUUGAUUGUAUCUCGUAUGCUGAAUGAGACAUCUAUGGCCGAUAGAUUUGAGAGGUGGAUUGUUGAGCGUGGCCGGCACUACAAAGAUGUCUCUGAGAAGCAGCGUCGCUUCGAGAUAUUUAAGUCUAAUGUUGAGUACAUUGAGUACUUUAAUGCCGGGAAUCACAUGUAUUGGCUUGGCAUAAACAACUUUACCGACCUAACAAAUGAGGAGGUGACAGCUUGGUGCACUGGCUAUAUCCCUCCUGAUGAGGAUAAAGACUUUGGACAUAUGGAUUCAUCUUCUGAUGAGGAUGAAGACUUUGGACAUAUGGAUUCAUCUUCAAAAGAUAAAUCCUUAGUGUAAAAGGUGGAGAAAAGGGAAACAUCUUUUGAGGACAUAUGGAUUCAUGUUUUAAAAUAUUAUGUUCCUUUGAUUGUCUAUUUCGCUAGUCGUGAAACUUUAGUAAAAGAAACUAUUACCUUGUUGUUGUAGCGUCUUAAUGUGUUUGGCUGGUGAUGUUGACAUUAUCGUUGUAGCGUCUUAAUGUUUAUGGUUGGUAAUGUUGACUUAAUAUUUAUGGUUGGUAAUGUUGACAUUAUCAUUGUAGUGUCUUAAUGUUUAUGGUUGGUAAUGUUGACAUUAUCAUUGUAGCGUCUUAAUGUUUAUGGUUGGUUAUGUUGACAUUUAUUUACUUUCAUCAGUCAGCUUUAGUGCCUUUUGGCUUUUGUACUUUA